UAAUUUUAUGAUGGCGACUAAAAUACAGGAGAUUUUGUCGCAGGGGCGAGAGUCUCAAUCAUAUUGGGUAUUGACGUACGCAGUUUCCUUCUCCAGUGAUGGGAAACGCUUUCAAGAUUACCUCGAAAACAAUAGAGUAAAGGUGUUUUCAGGCAAUUGGGAUUCAAGCACAAUUGUGCGGCAUAUUUUGACUCGUGCUAUUUUUUCUUACCUUAUCCGUAUCCAUCCUAAAACGUGGAGUUCCUACGCUGGAAUUCGGCUGGAGUUUGUUGGAUGUAACUUUGGUUGUAUGCACCCUAAAGCUCUAGGCAUGCAAGCUGGUCAUAUUAAGGAUUAUCAAAUUAGUGCAUCGACAUCUUGGAAAUUUCAACAUGCGCCAUACAAAGGAAGACUGCAUUCCCGUACUAGUUGGAUGCCAUAUAGUUCGGACACGUCGAAGUAUUUGACUGUUGACCUUCGUGACCUGACAAUGCUGGCCGGUAUUUCCAUGCAAGGGGCAUUUGCGGAGAAUAACUUUACGACUGGAUUCAAAAUUUCCCUGAAGACUGGCGAUGAACCGUUUAACCCCUAUCAGGACGGUGGCGUGGAAAAGAUAUUUUCUGGUAACGUCGACUCUAAUACCACAGUAGAACACUUGUUUCCACUAAUUUUCGUGGCAGAUGCUAUUCGCAUUUUUCCCGUGACCUGGAAUGGCACGCGUCCUGCAAUGAGACUAGAGUUGUUGGGCUGUUAUGAAGAUAUCGAUGUUUGUGAUCCUUCACCCUGCAAAAACAAUGGGACUUGCAAUGACUAUUUCACCACCUACAACUUCUUCAACUGCACAUGCACUGAUGGAUACAGUGGCAGAUUCUGCGAGACAGAAUGUACUGAUAUAAGGCCCUUAGGAAUGUCCGGUGGUCAGAUCAAGGAUACCCAACUCACUGCUUCUACAAUGUACGACAGCGAGGCUGUUCCAUUGGCUGCAAGACUGAACAACGUGGCCGUUCGUAAGAGUGGCGGCUGGGUUGCUGGGGUGAACGACGGCAAUCAGUGGUUCCAGGUCGAUUUCUUAGUCAACGCCACAGUUGCUUCAGUACUGACUCAAGGGAGAGAUAAUUAUAGUCAUUGGGUUGAAAAAUACAAAGUCUCAUACAGUGAUGAUGGUAUUAGUUUUUCGGAAUACAAACAAGGAGGUGUCAUAAAGGAAUUUGUUGGAAACUCAGACAGAGACACCGUGGUGAAGAACACUUUACAUCCUCGUCUUUUUACGCGUUUUAUUCGUAUUCAUCCUGAAUCGUGUUCUGGAAAUUGCUCUUUGAGGGUGGAGUUCCUCGGCUGCUAUCAAGUCAUUCCUUCACGUUGCUUAAAUCCAAUUCCACUUGGCAUGGAAAACAAACAAAUCAAGGACAACCAGAUUACGGCAUCGUCAGAGUGCGAUGAUGCAAAGUUUGUCGGACGUUGCGCAGCUGCAAACGGCAGAGCAAACGCCACAAUAUUCUCACAUCAUGGUGCUUGGAUAGCGAUGGCACAAGACCCAGACAUGUGGUUCGAGGUGGAUUUCAUAUAUAACACGACUGUUAGGGAAAUAAUGACGCAAGGAAGACCAGACUAUGAUCAGUGGGUGCGAUACUACAAUGUCACAUACAAAAACGAAACGGGCAUAUCUCAUAUAUAUGGUUUGGGAGAUGGAGUACGAAGCAAGGCAUUCGAAGGGAAUUCUGAUAGAAAUACAGUUGUCAGUCACACAUUGUCACCAAUGGUUCGCCUUCAGAUUAUUCGCAUCACUCCAGUGGAUUGCCAUGGGGCUUGCGCUAUGAGAGCUGAAUUUGUUGGCUGUUACGAAGACGCUGAUGUAUGCGAUCCUUCACCGUGUCAAAAUAAUGCAACUUGCAAUGAUCAUUUUGAUUUCUUCAACUCGUUCACCUGUACAUGCCUUCCCGGAUACACGGGAGAACUGUGUGAGACAGAAAUCGACGAGUGCCUAUCUUACCCAUGUCUAAACAAUGGAACAUGCAAUGACUUCGUCAAUAUGUAUAAUUGCACAUGUACGAUAAACUUCUGGGGAACUAAUUGUGAAUUCGAGGUUAUAUGGCCUAUCGCUAACUUUUCCGUGACGCCCAUACCAGCGCAUAGAUUCGGCGAUAAUAUCUCGGUUGUUUGGGAAAUGGAUCAAGGGAGUUACGUUACAGUUGAGGUGUAUUAUAACGAGAUUAUGUGUUGUAACCGAAGCGCAACAAACCAUAUUGGUGGUCACACCAGUCAGUGCAACUGCCUCGUAACCGAUCCUGCUCGAUUUGAUCCUGAUGGGCUUGUCGACUUCCGCAUUUACGCCUACAACAGCGUUUCGAAUGAAACCGUGAAUUUAAACGUUGAAGUAUUGAAGAUAAUAAAAAAUGUCCGUAUUUCCACGAAGACUAGCUAUGCCAGCUGGGGUAUUGGUGUUGACGGAACAGGCAGCCAAAGAAACGUAUUUCCAACGGAGUAUCCGGUAAAGAUGAGUGCCACUUUCGAUGGAGGACCAGCUAGUAUUAUAAAAUGGACAUUCAGCUGCAGCGUGAGUCCAACAAUAACUGACGAAAGCGAACUUUCCUUUGAUAAAACUUUCCCAAGUGAUACAGCUCAAAUAUGCGUCAUCACCUUGAAUUUAACGAACAACAUAAGCACAAGUCACGACGUUAAGACCAUCGACCUUAAGGAAAGUAUUAUCUUCACCAGUUUGACAUAUGACGGUCCUUUGAAGCCAAAUCAAACUAUGACGUUCACGAUAUCAUUUGAGAAAUUUGGCCAAGGCACUUGCGUCGUAAUGGAUCUUGGCGAUAACAGUUCUCUGCUUGUGUUUGGCGAUGCGGCGUGCGAAAAUAAGUUUGAUGUCUCCAAAAUCAACCCAAAAAUCGUCGAAGAACCGCGUUUACGGUUUUUCCCGAAAGAUUCAACUACGACAACGAUCACGAUUGCGCAUGAAUACCCGGGUGUUGGUGCAUACGAUGUGAAGAUGAGCGCUGCAAAUCUUCUAGCCAAUGUCACGGAAAGCUUGAUUGCAGUGGUUAUUCCUUUCGUGUGUAAAUAUCCAAAUGUGACUGUUACAGGUCUACCAGUGAACAAAUCUAAUCUGUUAGAGGCGCCACAGGUGUAUCGUUCUAAGUUAAUUUUCGUAUCCACUGAAAACGAAAUCUUCUGCGAACCAACAGAAAUCGUCAAAGUAUCUUGGACCGUUUAUAGCAUUGACGACGAUCCAGUUAUUUUGACCACAACUCCAAAGAUGAAAGUUUCCGAUUUAGGAAAAAGUGAAUUCCUUACUGGCAUUGUUUCCCCGGACCUUUCCAUUUCUGAAAGAAUGUUACCUUUUGGAUUCUACGAGAUAAGUGCCCGUGUGGAGAUGUGGGGUAUACCGAACGUAUUUGGAAUUGGUACACUCUAUAUUCAGAUUAUCCAGACUCCUUGGAUCGUUGCAGAAGCAACGAUUGGAUCAUUUUACACUGUGCCUUACAAAUUUCCGGGAUCGCUUAACGCAUCGGCAUCUAUAGAUCCAGACUUCAAUAGUACAGAUGCGAUGAGCUUUGCUUGGUACUGCAGAGAUGUUGAAGAUGCCGAAUUCACGUUGUCUGGUCUAGAUAAGGAGCCACUUGUUACGCCGCCUGCGUCUUACCCGACUCCUGACCUUGGUGGGUGUUUUGGGACCGGGCGUGGCCGAUUGGAUAGCACCGAUAAGAUCGUGGAAUUCGAUACAAAUACGAUGGUUGAGGACAAAUUCUAUGUAAUUUCGCUCGUGGUGUCAACCAGCCAUCAAGGUUUUGCAGUUAGGAAACAUUUGAGGAAUAUCUAUUUCCAUGUGGCGAAAGGUCUACCCCCGGGACUGGUCGUAAGUUGUUCCAAGAAUUGCCAUUCCAAGGUGGCUCGGGACGAAAAGCUGAUUUUAAAAUCGAAAUGCAACGUUCGUUGCUAUGGUGAACUGGCGUUUACUUGGACAUUGUAUCGGUACGAUGAUAUAAGCACCCCAGAACCUUUCAAUCUAUCCUCCCUGCACGAAUUUCCUUCAAGCCAGCUCAUAGAGAUGACUACGAGCCCAAUCGAUGCAUUGGAAAUCGCUCUCAAACCGAAAUCACUUGAGCCUGAAAAAAAAUACAGCUUGGUAUUUCGCGCAUUCCGACCUAACGGUGUUUUUGGUGAACUGAGAUAUACUAUGAUAACUAACAACGCUCCGAUCAAUGGCAAAUGGUCUUUUUCACCUUCGACUGGGGUUGCCAUGGAAACCAACUUCACCGUCACUUGCGAAAAUUGGGAGGAUGAAGAUGUCCCGAUUACAGUGGAAUUUUCACAUUUAAUCAAGGGUACAAAGACGGUAUUCUUCUUUCGAGAACUCACAAACAAGGGGAAAAUUAGUGCAACGCUGUGGUUGCCAGCCGGAGAUGAAGAGAGUGAUUACGUGGUAAACGCAAGUGUCGUUGUUAAAGACAAACUUGGUGGUAAAUUCCAAGAGAACUUCGUAGUCAAGGUGGUUCCGCAGCCGGAAGAGAGUAUCGACAUGAACCAGCUGGAAAGUUUAGUUUCAGGAGAAGGCAAUGCCAUGGCAAAACUCUUCGAGACAGGUAACAGUGUCCUAGCGAUAGGUCUUGCUUCAAAUGUCGCUUCAACACUGAAUGGCCUAAAAGACAAUACGACGUCAAAUGACAGCAGCACAACGUCACAGAAGGAUGCGUCAAAACAGAUCAGAACACAGCUCAUCAUGUCGCUAGCCAGCGCAAAUCUAUCGGCUAAAGAUGCAUCCUCGCUGGAACAAAUGAGCGCGACCGUUUUGGCGCUAACGAAAAAUACGGAAGAGUUAGAAACUGCAAGCCAGGGUGCUGCACUUCAAAUGACAGAGACCCUGACAAGCAACUUGAAAGGAUUAUCCGACGGGGAUCAAGGAUUCUCUAAUGUCUUGCGUGGAGCUUCGAAUCUUGUCGGUGGUAUAGGUCAAAUGACAACAAGCAUGGCGAAGGAAGCCGGCAAUUCUAGCAAUGGAACAGAAGCUUCGGAUCAAGUGAAGCGUUCCAUGGGACUGGUCGACAACAUUCAGGGUAUUUUGUUGGACAAUUUAGUGGCGAAUGAACCACCAGUUAACGUCGAGUCUGACGGCCUGUCAAUGCAAGUAGAAAAGGUGAUGAUGAAGAACUCUGCUAAGAAGACUAAUGCUGUGAAGGGGGCGAAAUUUGGAUCUCCCUCGUCGGCUUCACUAGGAAUAGAUGCUGUUGUUGAAAAUCAGAACGAAACGAUUUCUCAGAUGCAGCCUGUGGAUCUCAAGAUCGCUGUGUCCAAAAAGAAUCCGUUUAGCUGGGACAAUACAAGUGAAACUUUAUCAUCCAACGUCGUUGAUAUUAAGAUGCAGUCAAACAUGAACAUUUCUACUUCGAACGUUAGUGAGGAUUUCGAAAUCACUAUUCCACGUGACCCCACCCUGUUUCCUCAGCCUGACGCAUUUUUCUUGAAGCCAAGUCGCGAAAACACUACGGCGAAAACCAAGGAGUAUUUGAAAUACCACAGAUUCGAACGAAAGAGCGAUUUCACCUCGAUCAAUUUCGAUAUGGAACCGGUGGAUCUGGGAAUACAGUUUUCGGUUUACCUAAAGAAAGGAUCGAAACCAGACAUCGUGAAGAGGGAUUUUCAAUUGUCUUUCCAGUUGCCGGACUUGAGCAGCUGUUUAGGGGGAAACAAAAGCGUGUCAAAUACCUCUAACGGCGGAUCCGAGUCAACUGCAAACGGAAUUAUCUAUGUUGAUCUCAAGAACUGUACAAGUAAUCCGUAUUCAGUCUUUGUAUCAAACGUUCACUUGAGUGGUUCUGGACGUUUCUGGUUUGCUGUGCAACAUAUCCGACCAAUAGAGCAGAACGGAGAUGAUGCCAGUUCAGCCGAAACAGAAUCUCGUCGAAGACGUUCAAUCUCGUGCGGAGAGGAGGGAAGACGUGUACGUCGUUCGUGCGUCAUUAUACCUUCCCCACCCCCCAAACCUACUGAUCCACCCAGGUCUGUUCGCUUUCAAGUACCAGACAACCUUGGAUUCGACGGGAAGUACUUUUUCCCAAACCAAACUCCCAACUACAAUCUAUCAAUGUAUGAAUCGAGCUGUCUUUACUGGGACGAGAAUAACGAGACGUGGACUGGUGACGGGUGCAAGGUUGUUUCGGGUACUAACAAAAAUCAAAUAUUGUGUAAAUGUAAUCAUCUAACGUCUUUUGGAAGUGAGCUUCUUGUCGCCCCAAAUCCGAUCGACUUCGAUUCGGUUUUCAACAACUUUGGGAGCCUUGCUGAGAAUGUAGCUGUCCUGGCGCUGAUAUCAACAAUUCUUGGUUUAUAUAUCCUCGGGGUUAUCUGGGCGAGACGAGCCGAUAAGAAAGACUCGUUAAUGGUUGGUCCUACUAUUUUGCCGAAACCCAAGGGAUCCUAUCAUUAUCUCAUUACCACCUACACCGGUAGUCGACAAGAUUCCGGGACAACGGCAAGAGUUGUUUUCAAAAUGUCUGGGGAUCUGGGAGACACAAUUCCCGUAAGGCUGCACGAUCGACACAGACCUUGCUUCGAACGUCAACAAGAGAACAUGUUUGUUGUGUCUUAUCCUCAGAGUAUUGGUGAUCUUUGUUAUGUCCAAAUAUGGCAUGAUAAUUCAGGAUCAUCACCAUCUUGGUAUCUGAGUCGAAUAAUUAUAAAAGAUCUACAAACAGAGAAAACGUGGCCGUUACUUUGUGAAAACUGGUUAGCUGUGGAAUCAGAAGAUGGCAAAGUAUGUCGAGUCCUUCCCGUGGCAAACGAAGAAGAUAUGACAAACUUCAGUCAUUUGUUUUCGGCCCGUGCAAUUAAAGGUCUCGCAGAUGGGCAUAUAUGGUUCUCCAUUGUCUCCAGACCUCCAACCAGUAAAUUCACACGCGUCCAGCGUCUAUCCUGUGCCCUUUGCCUACUGUGCUGCACGAUGAUCACGAGCGCGAUGUUUUACAACAUGGGAGGACAGGGUCCGAGCCCAUACUCAAUCCAUAUCGGAUCCCUAAUUAUCGAUUUGAAACCUUUCGUUAUCGGCCUGCAGAGCAGUGUGAUCAUUGUGCCCGUGAACGUCUUGCUCGUGCAAAUCUUUCGCAACCUUCGCCCGAAGAAAGAAAAGGACGACGCUAAUGAGGACCUCCAGGCGAAAAAUCCAAAUGGAGUGAAAAUUAAAGAUCCGAACGCAGAAGAGCCAAAGGAAAAACUUCCGUACUGGUUUAUCUACAUUGCUUACGCCAUUUGUUAUCUUGCGUCUGCUGCUUCGAUAUUCUUUACGUUGCUUUACAGUAUUCAAUGGGGAAAGGAAACGUCGACCGAAUGGGUUAUUGCCAUGGUAACAUCAUUCCUCCAAUCGGCUUUGUUGUUGCAACCAGUGAAAGUAGUUGUACUAGCUGUUGUCUUCGCCUUAUUCAUUCGCAAACCAGCUGAUACAGAUAAUGAGACAAAUGGUGUCACGCUUGUAAAGGAGGAUAGAAUAUCUGAGGAAGGAACUGAAAUGAAACAGGAGAAGAAAGGAAACAUUCCAUAUGAAAAUACAAUCCUCGGAAAAAAAUCGAAAAGAUUUUUAAGACCUCCUGGUGCAGCCAAACUGAAGCAAGCGAGAAUAAAACGGCUGAAAGAACUGAAGAUGAAUUCAGCUUUGAAAGAAAUUUUCGCGUUCUUUUUCUUUCUUAUUUGUUUGAUGGACGUGGCUCAAUACCACAGGGAUCCGAAUACGUACUUACUGACCAAGACAUUGACAGAAACAUUUGUCGACGUCGAUGCAUUUUCCAUUCCACUAUACGUGAUCGUUGAUAGUGAUUCUCUGUGGAUGUGGGCUCGCGAGACUCUUAUCCCUGGAUUGUACUCAACGGAAUGGUACAACGGAAAGAUAAUUGAAAAAGGUUAUCUCGCAAACAUGGAGGAUUAUCUUGUCGGUGUUCCGCGUGUCAGGUUGCUUCGUGUGAAAGAAGGUACAUGCACAGUUUCCAGCUAUUUCAAAGACACUAUUCCUACCUGCAAUGCUGCAUACUCCGUAGCGAACGAAGACGAGGGAGCAUAUGAGGUAGGUUGGAAACCACUGCAUGGCUCUUCCAGUAGAAAACGUCGAAGAACUCCCGGUCCGGAGAGCGAAGAUGAUUGGUUGAAAAUGUUGGAGGAAACAGAACAGUCGGGAUAUCCAGGGGGGGUCUAUCGCCGAAAAAGAGCGAUUGACCCAAUUCAAAGUGGCCGAAAUCGAAGAAGGAAGAAUCGACUCUUGUCUAGCGCGAGACCGAAGUCGUACGUCGUUCAAAACAACGCUCUUUUGGGAGACGGAAAAAUCUUGUCCUGCCUUGAGAGAUGGCGCCAUAAAUCCAUGUUUGAGAUACGGGGCUUCCCCUACUGGGGACAAAUCGCCAUGUAUGGCGGGGGUGGUUAUGCAGCUAAUCUUGGUUAUGAUCAAAUAACCGCAUACACUGUUGUCGCUGAUCUGCAUUCGAAUGACUGGGUCACAAGGCAAACACGAGCUGUUUUUGUGGAAUUUACCGUUUACAAUGCAAACACGAACCUGUUUGGCAUAAUAUCACUUUUCGUCGAAUUUCCGUCUUCCUCAGGCGUUGUAACCAAGGUUCAGAUCCAGUCCUCUCGAUUUUACCUUCAUCUUAACGGAGGUCAAACACUCGCUCACAUCUUAGUCAUAUUCUUCAUGUUGUACUUCCUAUACAGAGAAGGAAAGCUCUUCUACAAGCAACGCUGGGCUUACUUCAAGGGUUUCUGGAAUUGGAUCGAAACGAUUCUUGUCGUCUCGGAAUUCUGUUUGAUCAUCCUAUUUCUGGCACGUUUGUACGAAGUGGAUCGAAAUUUACUCGAACUCCGCGAGAAUCCGAACGAUUACGUCGGUUUUCAGUACGCAGGGCAGGCUGAUACAGCUAUGACGUCCAUCAUUGGCAUCCUUGUGUUUUUCUACAUUCUGCGGUUCCUGCGCCUUCUGAGGUUCAAUAAGAACUUCUUGAUACUCGGCACAACGUUGUCCCGCAUCAGCAAACCCAUCAUCAGCUUUUUUAUCCCAUUUACGUUUGGAUUCUUAGCGUUCGGUCUGUUUGCGUUCAGCGUAUUCGGUACGGAGCUUGAAGACUACAGCACAUUCGUACGAACAAUGGUUACUCAAUUUAGCAUGACGUUGGGCGACUUUGAUUUCGAAGCACUGAUAUCCGUUAGCCCCGCAUUUGGCACACUCUAUUUCUUCGCUUUCAUCGCACUUAAUGUCAUCGUGUUAAUGAAUGUGUUCAUCGCAAUCAUCAAUGAUUCCUAUGCCGAAGUGCAAGAGGAAACUGCUGAUAUGGAAAAUGAAUUUGAGCUUGUCGAUUACGUGGUGGCGAAAAUCGUCGAAAAGACCUCAAGGAACAAACCAAAACCCAAAAGAAAACGAAAAAAGAAAAAGCCUCAAUUACAAAAGGAGAAAGCAAAAUUGAUCGGUACCAACGCAUGCGUUGCCGAAAUCGAAUCAAAAUGCGUGCUGUUCGAUAAACUAUUACAUGACAUUGAUAAAGGUUUGGAAGAAGAGACUCGGAUUGACGCGAAGUUUUGUUCAGUUCCUGAGGAUAAAAUGGAGACGAACUUCCGGCUUAUGUGUCUGAUGGAAAGCGAUUUGAUUGAUACCUGUGAGAGCCCUUUCAACGAGACUGAGCUUUAUAAUGAAUAUGUGAGGCUGAUGUAUUUGGAGAAGCAGAAUUGAGGGCCGAGACCAUGCGAAGAGGCUUGUUGAAAGAUACUUGGUUGUAAUUAAUAUGCAUGCAUAUUCUUGUCCGCAUAGCCGCGUCCACGGCAUGAUAGGCAAUAGUUAAAUAUUUAUGAUUAAAAGAAAUGUGAUAAAAGUAAUUCACUCGGCACUAAAUUAUUAUGUACCAUGUGCUCCACGUCAGACCCCCUCCAGCUUUGGGGCACAGCUACUUUCUGAAAAAGAAUGUGAAAGAUUCGAAGAAAGUUAAACCGACAUUUUAAAUAAUUAUUUAUUAUAAAAAAUCAAUGAAAGUAGCGUUCGCAGUUUCCAAUUGUCACAUCUGAGAAACUGCGGUACCCGAACAAUGGCGGUGCGUAAAAGACUAUAAUAAAAUUAUACUAAACCUAAAAUUACUAACUUUUAAUUAUGGUAUGCACAUAUUUUUGUUGGCAAUCACAAUUAUUUAUCGAUAAUGGAUCCAAAAAGACCAAAAAUUGUAUCAAAUAAUAUACUUUGCACAUGCAUGCAUUUUUCUCAAAAUUUGACGUAAUUGGAACAUAUAAAUUGUAGUGUGUGUAUAAGUGAAAUUUAUAAUAUCAGUGUUUGUAGUACAACUAUAUAUGUAUAUAAUUAUACUAUUAUUCGUUUUAAGCGAUCAUGUAAAA